GGCCCGCGGACCCGCCUGGCUCCGGUCACUCGGUCGGUCCGCCGCUCUGGUUCCCGUUCCUCCUCCUGGCGCCGGGCGGUGGGUGCGGGCUGGCGCACUCCCGACCCGGAACUGCUGACGGUUCCCCGCGGUCGGGCGCGUCCGACCCGAGGGUCGCUCCCCAGAUCGCUCCCGCCUCCCCGCACCCGGCCCGGCCUCCGCGGCUGUCGGGGGGCUGCCGGGCGGGGGCUCCGUCCGUCCGCGGUCAGGUGGGUGAGGCGGGACGGGCGCCGCCCGCCCAGCGCCCGGGCACAGGCUCGCGGCCUCCCGGUCUCGUUCAGGCUGAGGACUGGAGGCGACAGACGCCUCAGAGCUCGCCGCCCACCGAGUGUGCAGCCGAAGGCGACGCGCGACGGGCGAGGACGGAGAACGGCGUCGGGUGUGCGUCUGGCCGUCGGAAAAUCUCGAAGGGGCGGGAGGAGUCCGGCAGGUGACUUUGGGGGGCACAAAAACCUUCUUUGAAGAACCUUGUAUAGUGUUGAAGGAUGGCAGAAGCAGUGUUGAUAGAUCUCUUUGGCUUGAAAUUAAACUCUCAGAAAAACUGUCAUCAGACAUUACUAAAGACAUUGAAUGCUGUCCGAUACCACCAUGGUGCCAAGGCCAAGUUCCUUUGCAUAAUGUGUUGCAGUAACAUCAGCUGUGACCAUGAUAAUUGUGAAUUAGAAACAAGCAAUGGAUUAUCUGCUUUCCUGAGAGAAUUUGAGACUGUUAGCAAUCCCAGCAUGGCUGCCUCAUUGUAUACCAUUAAACAAAAAAUUGAUGAAAAAAAUUUGAGCAGCAUUAAGGUAAUUGUGCCUGUGCACCGGAAGACAUUAAUGAAGGCUUUUAUUGGUCAACUCUUCACUGAUGUUUACAAUUUUGAGUUUGAAGAUUUACAGAUGACUUUGAAGGGAGGUCUUUUGAAACAGCCUACUGAAAUAAACAUAAUCACAGCUCAAGAACUAGAAGCAAUCCAGAAUGAAAUAGAAACAUAUUUGAGAAGUUUGCCAGCACUGAAAGGAGAAUUAACCAUUAUCACAUCUCCUUUGAUCCCAGAUAUUUUCAUACAUGGAUUUACUACAAGAACAGGUGGGAUAUCUUACAUACCAACUCUUAGCUCAUUCAAUCUCUUCAGUAGUUCCAAACGGAGAGAUCCCAAGGCUGUUGUUCAAGAAAAUCUGCAUAGGCUGGGGAAUGCUGCAGGAUUUAAUGUGAAGAAAUUUUACCAAAUAAAGACUGAUCAUGCCAAUGAUGUCUGGAUUAUGGGAAGGAAGGAGCCUGAAUCUUACGAUGGAAUCACCACAAAUCAAAGAGGAGUCACAAUAGCGGCUCCUGGUGCUGACUGUAUACCGAUAGUUUUUGCCGAUCCUGUCAAAAAAGCAUGUGGGGUUGCUCACUCUGGUUGGAGAGGUACUUUGCUAGGUGUUGCUAUGGCUACAGUGAAUGCUAUGAUAGCAGAAUACGGCUGUAGUUUGGAAGACAUUAUUGUUGUACUGGGGCCUUCAGUAGGACCUUGCUGUUUUACUCUUCCAAGGGAAUCAGCAAAGGCAUUUUAUAAUCUUGAUCCCAGAUGUGUACGGCUCUUUGGCUCACCAAAUCCCUAUGUUGACAUCCGUAAAGCCACGAGGAUUCUUCUAGAACAGGGAGGAAUUCUACCACAGAAUAUUCAGGACCAGAACCAAGAUCUCAACCUCUGUACUUCCUGUCAUCCUGACAAGUUUUUCUCCCAUGUCCGAGAUGGCCUUAACUUUGGUACACAGAUUGGCUUCAUAUCAAUUAGAGAAUGAGGGGACACGGGUUCGAGCCCUGGUCUGGGAAGAUCCCACAUGCCGCGGAGCAACUGGGCCCGUGUGCCACAACUACUGAGCCUGCGCGUCUGGAGCCUGUGCUCUGCAACAAGAGAGGCCGCGACAGUGAGAAACCCGCGCGCUGCGAUGAAGAGUGGCCCCCGCUUGCCGCAACUAGAGAAAACCCUCGCACAGAAACGAAGACCCAAAACAGCCAAAAAUAAAAUAACUAAAUAAAUAAAUUAAAAAAAAAUAAUAAUAAUAAUAAAAUAAUUUUUUCAUUAAAAAAUCAUGUAUC